AUAAUGAACACCGAAGUUGGAAAAACCCUUUGACUCUCCACAGUGGAGUUCAUUGUUUCUUCUGGCUUCCUCGAGUUCACGUUCACAGGGUUACUGGCUGCAGAUUGCAAUUACCAUGUCUGACUCAGUAAUUCUUCGCAGUGUGAAGAAAUUUGGAGAGGAGAAUCAUGGUUUUGAGUCAGAUGGAUCAUAUAACAAUGAGAAGAAUUCACGGUUACAAAAUGAGAAGAAAGGUGACAGCAGUCCAGUUGGCUUCUUUCAAUUGUUUCGAUUUUCUUCAACGACUGACAUUUGGCUGAUGUUUGUGGGAGGUUUAUGUGCAUUUCUCCAUGGACUAGCCCAUCCAGGCGUGCUACUCAUUUUUGGCACCAUGACAGAUGUUUUUAUUGAGUACGAAACUGAAUUACAAGAACUCCAGAUCCCUGGAAAAGCAUGUGUAAACAACACCAUCGUGUGGACCAACAGCUCCCUCAACCAGAACGUGACAAAUGGAAUGCCUUGUGGGUUGCUGGACAUUGAAAGUGAAAUGAUCAAAUUUGCCAGUUACUAUGCUGGAACCGCUGUUGCAGUUCUUAUCACAGGAUAUAUUCAAAUAUGCUCUUGGGUAAUUGCCUCAGCUCGUCAAAUACAGAAAAUAAGAAAACUUUACUUUAGAAAAAUAAUGAGGAUGGAAAUAGGAUGGUUUGACUGCAAUUCAGUGGGAGAGCUGAAUACAAGAUUUUCUGAUGAUAUUAAUAAAAUCAAUGAUGCCAUUGCUGACCAAAUGGCCAUUUUCAUUCAGCGCAUGACCACGAGCAUCUGUGGGUUCCUGCUGGGAUUUUACCAGGGUUGGAAACUGACCUUGGUCAUCAUUUCUGUCAGCCCUCUCAUUGGAAUGGGAGCAGCCGUCAUUGGUCUGAGUGUGUCCACGUUUACUGACCGUGAAUUGAAGGCCUAUGCGAAAGCAGGGUCAGUGGCUGAUGAAGUCAUUUCAUCCAUUCGAACAGUGGCUGCUUUUGGUGGUGAGAAAAAAGAGGUUGAAAGGUAUGAGAAAAAUCUUGUGUUUGCCCAGCGUUGGGGGAUUAGAAAAGGGAUAGUUAUGGGAUUUUUUACUGGAUUCAUGUGGUGUCUCAUCUUCCUGUGUUAUGCACUGGCCUUCUGGUACGGCUCCAAACUCGUCCUGGAUGACGGAGAAUAUACAGCAGGAGCCCUUGUCCAGAUUUUCCUCAGUGUCAUAGUGGGAGCUUUAAAUCUUGGCAAUGCAUCUUCUUGUUUGGAAGCCUUUGCAACUGGACGUGCAGCAGCCACCAGCAUUUUUGAGACAAUAGACCAGAAACCUGUUAUUGACUGCAUGUCAGAAGAUGGUUACAAGUUGGAUCGAAUUAAUGGUGAAAUUCAAUUUCACAAUGUGACCUUCCACUAUCCUUCCAGACCAGAAGUGAAGAUUUUAAAUAACCUCAGCAUGGUCAUCAAACCAGGGGAAAUGACGGCUGUGGUAGGAUCCAGCGGAGCUGGGAAGAGCACAGCCCUGCAGCUCAUCCAGCGAUUCUACGACCCCAGUGCAGGCAUGGUGACUUUGGAUGGCCAUGACAUUCGCUCUCUUAACAUUCAGUGGCUUAGAGCUCAGAUCGGAAUUGUGGAGCAAGAGCCUGUUCUGUUCUCCACCACCAUUGCAGAGAAUAUUCGCUAUGGCAGAGAGGGGGCGACGAUGGAAGAUAUAGUCCGAGCUGCCAAGGAAGCCAAUGCCUAUAACUUCAUCAUGGAGCUGCCACAGCAAUUUGACACCCUUGUUGGAGAAGGAGGAGGCCAGAUGAGUGGCGGCCAGAAACAAAGGGUAGCCAUUGCUAGAGCCCUGGUUCGAAAUCCCAAGAUCCUGCUUUUGGACAUGGCCACCUCGGCACUGGACAAUGAGAGCGAAGCCAUGGUGCAAGAGGCAUUGAGUAAGAUUCAGCAUGGACAUACCAUCAUUUCAGUCGCUCAUCGCCUAUCCACGGUUAGAGCUGCAGAUGUCAUUAUUGGUUUUGAACAUGGUGCAGCAGUGGAAAGAGGUACACAUGAAGAACUGUUGGAAAGAAAAGGAGUUUACUUCACUCUAGUGACUUUGCAAAGUCAAGGAGAUCAAGCCCUUAAUGAGGAGGGCAUAAAGGAUGACACUGAAGGUGCUUUACUUGAGAGCAAACAGACCUUUCGCAGAGGGAGCUACCGGGCUAGUUUAAGAGCUUCCAUCCGGCAACGCUCCAAGACUCAGCUUUCUUACCUGGUACAUGAACCUUCAUUAACUGGUGUUGAUCAUAAAUCUACUUAUGAAGAAGACAGAAAGGACAAGAACAUUCCUGUGGAAGAAGAAAUUGAACCUGCCCCGGUUCGGAGGAUUCUGAAACUCAAUGCUCCAGAAUGGCCCUACAUGGUGGUGGGGUCUGUGGGUGCCGCUGUCAAUGGGGCAGUCACACCCCUCUAUGCCUUUUUAUUCAGCCAGAUUCUUGGGACUUUUUCACUUCCUGAUAAAGAAGAACAAAGGUCACAGAUCAAUGGUGUGUGCCUGCUUUUUGUAGCAAUGGGCUGUGUAUCCCUUUGCACUCAAUUUCUGCAGGGAUAUGCUUUUGCUAAAUCUGGAGAACUCCUCACAAAAAGGCUACGUAAAUUUGGUUUCAGAGCAAUAUUGGGGCAAGACAUCGGCUGGUUUGAUGACCUCCGAAAUAGCCCUGGAGCACUGACAACAAGGCUUGCUACAGAUGCUUCCCAAGUUCAAGGGGCUGCUGGCUCUCAAAUCGGGAUGAUGGUCAAUUCCCUCACUAACAUCGUUGUGGCCAUGAUUGUUGCCUUCUUCUGUAGCUGGAAGUUAAGCUUGGUCAUAGUAUGUUUCCUCCCUUUCCUGGCUUUAUCGGGAGCUGUACAGACCAGAAUGUUGACAGGAUUUGCCUCUCAAGACAAGCAGGCUCUGGAGUCGGCGGGACAGAUUACAAGUGAAGCCCUCAGUAAUAUCCGCACUAUUGCUGGAAUUGGAAAGGAGAGGCAGUUUAUUGAAGCAUUUGAGAGAGAGCUGGUGAAGCCAUUCAAGACAGCCAUUCGAAAAGCAAAUGUUUAUGGAUUCUGCUUUGGAUUUUCCCAAUGCAUUGUGUUUGUUGCUAAUUCUGCUUCCUACAGAUAUGGAGGUUACUUAAUCUACAACGAGGGGCUCCAUUUCAGCUACGUGUUCAGGGUGAUCUCUUCAGUUGUACUGAGUGGGACGGCUCUUGGAAAAGCCUACUCUUACACCCCAAGUUAUGCCAAAGCUAAGAUAUCAGCUGCACGCUUUUUUCAACUGCUGGACCGACGACCCCCGAUCAAUGUAUACAGUGGUGCAGGUGUAAAAUGGGACAACUUCCAGGGGCAGAUUGACUUUGUUGACUGUAAAUUUACAUAUCCCUCUCGACCUGAUAUACAAGUUCUGAAUGGGCUCUCAAUAUCGGUUAGUCCAGGGCAAACACUGGCAUUUGUUGGAAGCAGUGGAUGUGGCAAAAGCACCAGUGUCCAGCUGUUGGAGCGUUUCUAUGAUCCUGACCAAGGGAAGGUGAUGAUCGAUGGGCAUGACAGCAAAAGGGUGAAUGUCCAGUUUCUCCGUUCCAACAUUGGAAUUGUUUCCCAAGAACCGGUGUUGUUUGCCUGUAGCAUAACAGACAAUAUCAAGUAUGGGGACAACACCAGAGACAUCCCCAUGGAAAAAGUCAUAGAAGCUUCAAAGCAGGCUCAGCUGCAUGACUUUGUCAUGUCACUCCCAGAGAAAUAUGAAACUAAUGUUGGGUCCCAGGGGUCUCAACUCUCUCGGGGAGAGAAACAACGCAUUGCUAUUGCUCGGGCCAUUGUGAGAGAUCCUAAAAUCUUGCUACUAGAUGAAGCUACUUCUGCCUUAGACACAGAAAGUGAACAGACGGUGCAGGUUGCCCUGGACAAAGCCAGAGAAGGACGGACCUGCAUUGUCAUUGCCCACCGUUUGUCCACCAUCCAGAACUCGAAUAUCAUUGCUGUCAUGUCCCAGGGGACAGUGAUUGAGAAGGGGACCCAUAAAGAACUGAUGGCCCAGAAAGGAGCCUACUACAAACUGGUCACUACAGGAGCCCCUAUCAGUUGACCUGACUCUAGAAUUUCACACACAGAUGAUGCACCAAUUACAGGAGUGCCAUGGGUUAUAUUUUUCCUUUAAGAAGAUAUGAUGAUUAUUUUACUUUCACACACAUUGCCAUACAUUGGGAUCCAAGCUAACUUCUAAUGACCUUUGAUAAUAAUUUAGUUCUAGCCCUGGCUGGUUUGGCUCAGUGGAUAGAGCAUCGGCCUGUGGACUGAAGGGUCCCAGGUUCGAUUCCGGUCAAGGGCAUGUACCUUGGUUGCAGGCACAUCCCCAG